UCAUGGCGGCGGCCGCGGUGAGCCACUCGUUUUCUGGCGGCGGCCCGGCGGCGGUGAGACUGCCGUCGUCACCGCCGCUCAAGGUGCUGGCGGAGCAGCUGCGGCGCAACACGGAAGGCGGGCCGGGCGCGUGGCGGCUGUCUCGGGCGGCGGCGGGCCACGAGCCGCUGGAGCUGACGGCCGUGUGGAUGCAGGGCACGGUGGUGGAGGCGGGCGGCGGCGAGGCGCGGCUGCGGGACCCGAGCGGGGCCUUCUCGGUGUGCGGCCUGGAGCGGGUGCCGCGCGGGCGGCCCUGCCUCGCCCCAGGAAAAUAUGUGAUGGUAAUGGGAGUGAUUCAGGCCUGUAGCCCUGAGCCAUGCCUUCAGGCUGUGAAGAUGACAGAUCUUUCUGAUAAUCCUGUCCAUGAAAGCAUGUGGGCACUGGAAGUGGAAGAUUUACACAGGAAUAUUCCUUAGAUAACUCUGAAAGUGUCAUUAAAAACAACUGAAAUUCUGAAAGGACUUAGGUUCUUCUACCAUGUGGAUUUCACGGACAUUGUUCAGUGCGUAUUUUCUCAAAAGUUCCUCAGAGAGCUUUGCUUUGGCUCACCAAGGAGUGCAGAUGAAGGAUUUCUAAACACCGGGACACUCCAGUUAACUCGGCCCUUGCUGCCCCUGUGCUUUGACGACCGUUUGCUGAUGAAAAGCAGAUGUGUUCGUUCUUGCUCUCUCUCCGCUUUGGUUUAUGUGUGUUAAUUCUCUCUAAAGAGCACAGAAAUCUCAUCUUGCAUUUUUCAAGUUUUACUAGUGAUGAUACUUUUUCCGUUACCGCUGUGACCCUAUUUUAUGGUGCAAACUUGAAUCUCAUUCAUUGCCUGUGGUGAUUCAAGUGUGGUUAUGGGCAGGAAAGUAGACUUCGUGAAAGAAGAGUGACAUCAUGACCCCACGUCUUCUCCAUCAACAACUUCCAUAUCCAGUUUACAAGUCAAGCAGUAAAACAGCCUCUCAAAGACACAGCUCUCUUUCAAACACCAUUCAACCCUUCAGGUCCAUUUCCCUUAGACGUGGGUGAUGACGUGCUAAAAUGCUCUCAAAAUUUCUUGUUGAAACUAGAGCCAGGGUUGAUUGAGACAACUUUCGGGCAUUAACUCAACUUCUAACUUCUGCCUCUUAACUUUUGGUGAGAUACUGCAAGGGAGCGUCCUCCUGGUACAGAGUUAUUACAUUGUUAGUAUGGAAUGACUUUUUGUUGUGAUUGUAUUAAAUGUUGGGUUUCUGCUCUCUGCCUCUCACCCAGCCCUCCCUUUCCCUGAGAUUGUAAAUGUCAAAGGAGUCAGGUUUUGAUCCAACAUGGCUGUGGAGUGUUGCUGGAUUAUUGAUCUUCUACCACCAAUAAAUUGUUUUAUAU